AUGCUCAUACAGAAGUUCUUUUCGCUCGUUCCAGCGGAAGACAAAAACUUGGAAAACCUUGUAAAUGAGCUAGCCCAAUCUAAAAAGAACAUCAGGAAAAUACAAAAUUAUGGGGCAAAGGAGAGAAGCGCGGACAGUUCCAUUCGUAAAGAUGACGUCAAUCAAAAGGUAGAAAAGUUAACCAUCACGUCAGUUGGUUCCAGGCGAAAUGCAAGCGAGAAGGACAAAUGGUGCAGCUUUAGGCAGAAGAAGAACGAUGUCGGGAAAGGUCCAUCCAGCUUGUCCCAAAAAUGUAAAAAAACUACGUUCGAUGGUAGUAAAGAUAUUAAGGCACUCAAAUGGGACCCCCCCACCAGCGCCAAGUUCGAUUUGUCAAGCAUCAAAGAAAAUGAACUUUUCCAAAGGAUUUUUAAAACAGUUGAAAGAGAAAGUAUAAAAAGUAAAAAUGAAAAAUUAAAAAGCAAAAGUGAACAACUCAAAAAAUUGAAAAACAAUUUAGGGAACCAAAAUGAACAUGUAAAAGGAAAAAAUGCGAAUGAAGAAAAUAAAGACCAACUAACAGAAUCGUUAAUCGAAUUUAGGAAAGUUCUAAAUGAUAAGAAGAAGACAUGUGCCACUUUGAAAAUCAAGACUAGAAGUUUUGGGAAGGAACACGCGUCCUUUUCCCCCUUUCAAGACAACGCCGUCGAAUGUUAUAAUAUGCACCACAGUUGUAAAGGCGAAAGUUUUAAAAACGGUUUAGGGGGCGAAGUAGAUGAUAAAAUCGAAGAAAGGGAGAAAAGAAAAGAGCAUACGAAAAUGCAAAGGUUGGAUCCCCCCUACCAAAAUGGCCAAGACAGAGUCGCAAAAGGGACAGCCCACAGGAGUAGGCAGAACCAGAAGGGAUGCCCCUCCAACAGGAUUAAUCAAAAUGAUUUAAUAAAUGCAGAACGAGGAAAUACUCCCCAUUAUUUCACUAAACGGGGUAAUGCGCCCCCACAAAAGGGGUACCGAAAUGAACACACUUACCGCCAAUUUGAAAACCCAUCCGUUAUGGGGGAGGAAAGAAGCAGUCGUAGUAGCAGCAGCGGCAACAAAUCACAAGGUCAACACUACAUACGCUCCUGUAGCAGCAGAGGCAAUACGUCACACGGUCAAUAUUACAUACGCUCCUGUAGCAGCAAUUUUUCUGUGCCAAGUAGUAGUAAUUACAAAAAAGGUAAAAGAAGCCUCAGCGCUGCUAAGCAAAAGAACAAAAUGUGCGAACAAGUCAGUGACGACAAAAGGGGUAGGAGACGUAACCACAAUAAUGGGAAAAAAAAAGAAAAAAAAAAAUCAGCCAACAGUGGGGAUAACAAAUUUGGUAAUCUUAAAAAUAAACGCAGUCACACCUGUAGAGACAUUUUCCGAAAUGGUUAUACACCCCCCAGAAGGGCAUCAAAAUACAAGUCACCCCAUCGCAGACUUCAUUUAAUUGACCACCCAAUGGGGGGACACCAUUUCCCCAAAUGUGACAACUCAGGCGGUAAGAAAUUCCAACUCUUAGUGGUAAAAAAGAAGAGGAAAAAAAUAAACAUGGCAAUUUUUGCCAAAAAGAAGAUAGAAAAGCGUAUGCGUGCAACACGGGGAGGGAUUCAUACACUCGAAGAGGAGUCUCCUAACCCCCGAAGUGAAUAUGUCAACAGCGUAAAGGACUGCCAUAGCUGUUCACCCAUUAGGUCCAUUGAACACACCAGAGAAAACUCAAACAAUUGGAAAGGUGAUCAGUUAUACCACGAAAUGGCCACACCGUGUGAGAACGAAUGGAAGAACCACGAAAGUAACUCCAACAAUGAUGAUGAAAGGAACUCAAGCCACGUUAAAGAAAACAACAAAAGUUGCCUCGCUGAAAAAGACUUGCAUAAAAUGAGCGACUAUGGAAUACCCCCCCUUAAUAGUUGCGACACACAUAGGGAGAGACUAACCACAAAUGGCAAAGCAGGUGAUCUAAUGUACGAAGUGAAAGCCGAAGGGUCUUCCCCCAAAGGUGAAAGCAAAACACACAACACAUGUGUAGACGCAGAAAUGUGGAAAAACACAGGGGGAAGUAAAAUAAAAAUACGAGAUGGAAGAAUUGAAAAGGAACGGACUUCAUCCAAUUCUGCAGCGAAAAGAGAAGCAAACUUAAACAACUCAAACGGUGAAAUUGCUUAUCUUUUAAGCCAUGCAACGGGAAACACACUAAGCAGAAGCAACACCAUAAGUAACACCCCCUAUGGAGGAGCGCUUGCUGUAGACUUCGACGAACCAACUGAGAAGUUAAGAAGAGGGAACACCUCCAUUAAGGGCCAUAGAACAGUAGCAGAAAGAGGCACAAAUGACAUACGGAAGGACUCCAAUGCAGUUAAGCUAAGUAGGAAAGGGUCCGAAUUGCCACAUGAAGGGGAAAACAUAGAGCUUGGAAAGCAGCGCAAAAAGGGACAUGCAAAUUGCAUAAGUGCCGACCUGCAUGAUGACACACAUGAUGGCACACAUGAUGACGCGCAAGAUGACGCGCACGGGGAUGUGCGCACUGAUCGACAAGGCAACGACCGGGGAAAGAAACACAUCCUCCAAGAAAUACUAUCCUUCUACACUCGAUAUAAACAUAAACUGAACUUCCUCCUGCAGGAGGAAUAUAAUUAUUUAAGCAGGCUGAGGGACUACGUCAGAAAAAAUGCUCAAGAGUUAGAAGAAGUGAAGAACGGCGAUCCAGCCGAGGGCACUUCCACACAUGAGGGUUGCGAAGGAGACAACUUCUUAAUUAACGAACUUGUGCAAAGGAUAAAUAACUGCAUGGUGGAAAAAAAUAAGUUACACAAUUCGAGCGAUGAGGAAGCCGUUUCAACGAAUCAGAUUAAAAAAUGCGAUUGCGGAAAGGGAAAAGAAAAUUUUAUUUAUCAUCUAAACAAAGACGACGCAGAUGUGCACCAACUUUGCGUUCAAACAGACAAAAGAAUCAAACGAAUUGAAUAUUAUCUAAAUCAAAGUGAGAAGAAAUGUUUGCGAAAAAACAAUAGCAUCACUAGGAGAGAAGCUCCUCCCUUCGCGAAAAGUCCAUCAAGCGAUCGUUCCGCAAAUGGGAGCGAGUUCUUUUGCAAAGACAACUCGGUGGAAAGUAACCAACCGGAUUGUCCUUUCCAACGCGCAGACAUGACCAAUCUGCGUAAUGGUGCCGAAGAAAUGAACCAUAUGAGGAUGAGAAAAAGAACCCCCCCUUCUUGGAGGGGCUCAACAAUGACAAAGCGAACGCGCAAAGAAGCUUCCAUGUGUGAAGCAAUGAAUAAAAAAGUACUUGUGCGAAAAAGUGGAAGUUUUAAGGAAGACCACUGUGCAAAAAAACAUUCUAGGUACGAGCUGCUCUACAGAAUUAAGGUGUCUAAAUAUCUCCUACACAAUUGGACUAAAUCGGGAGGACAUCAUAGCGCCAUUUCGAAUUAUCUCUUAAGGGGUUUAAAAUGUGCAGCACCAAAUGGCUUGCCCCUUUAUGAUAAAGGAGAAUUUCACUUUAAAGGGCCCCUCUCUCUUUUCAAUUACAAGCAAUGUUUGCACCACUUCAAAGCGAACACCUUUUAUUGCUACGUUUUGCGUGCAAAAGGAAGAGGCAAUUUUCGUAAAAGGUUUGGCAAUGCGCCCAAUCGAGCAGGAGACCCAAAUUAUGAACAUGCACAAAAAAUUGAGCAAAGAGAAUGCGGCAAUUAUUUAAAUUGUGCAGAUGGGUACGCAGUGGGGGAAUGCAAUAAGACAAAUCGGCCUGUCCCAACGGAUAGGGAAAAUAAAGAGAGGAAAAUAUUCACUAGGCAGACCCCUAUUUGUGGAAAUGAUUUUCUUGUAACAAGAACGAACUCGAAUUUUAGCCACAUCAGUUGUAGCCCUUUUUUCGCAGGAGAAUCACUCCUCUCUGCGCAUUUUACUAAGAGUGUGACGAAACACCCUAUUAAUAGCACCCCCUGCGGUGGGGGAAAAUACACCCCUAAGAAAGAGAGUGACAGUUUCGCUUCGACCAAUUUGAGGUGGAAUCAGAAAAGCACCCCCGAUUUGUGUGGCACCAUAUGGAGAGGAAACCACAACGGAGAAGAAGCCACAAGUGAGAGAUCUGCCCACCGAAUGGCUAACUCCAAGUGGGCUACCACCACAUCAACGUAUAUUACACAAACGGGGGGGAAAAACAAUCCCCUUAAAAAGGAGAUCCCCACGAGUAGGUCAUUGCAUCAAGUGGACAUAAGUUUAAACGCAGCCAAUACUUAUCACGUAAGUCCUAAUUUGUUAAUCGAUAAGGAUAAGCAAAAACAACUGUAUGAUAAUACUGCAGGAGGGAAAGGCUGCAUGCGGUCAGCUAAAUCGAUAAAUUCGUUGGGCGUUAAAAACAGGUCUACUUUAAGUGGUAAACUAGUAGGUGAGCAAAAUUACCCGUUUGAAAAACACCUCACGCGAAUGAGGCACCACAUAGGAGGCUCAAAAAAGGAGAAUUUGGCCUCGCCAAAUGAAAACAAUCAUCUGACAAAUUCAAUCACUGUAGAACAACUCAGCACGCAUUUUAACGUGAGUGAUAAGUGUAGAAGCGGGCGGGGGCAUGCAGAAUGGCUGAGCUUCCCAAAUGGGGGACGCACCGAGGAGUAUCCCCCACGAAGCGAAUGCUAUAUCAAUGUUUACGGAAAUAAUAGUAACACGAAUGACAGCUUGGGGAAAAGCAAAAAUAUGUACCAGCUAAAUUGCUCCUACGACCAAAUUGUAAACUCACUGUGUAUAAGCAGAGGGAAGAUUGCGCAGGGAAGUGUUGGAACGAGCAAAGGUUGCCAAAAAGGGGAAGGACGCAAAAAAGGGGAAGAACGCAAAAAAGGGGAAGAACGCAAAAAAGGGGGAGAACGCAAAAAAGGGGAAGAACGCAAAAAAGGGGGAGAACGCAAAAAAGGGGAAGAACGCAAAAAAGGGGAAGAACACGCAAAAGAGGAAUCAUACGAAAAACACUCCAACGCAAUUAACGAUGAAGAAGCGCAAAAUGGAAACGACAACCUGUCCAAGUUACGGGUAGACAAUUUUAACGAAGCGCGAGAACACAAUGGGGAUAGCAGCGCUACGGCUGAUGUGGUGGAAAAGUACUAUGUAGACUUGCUCACCAAUGGUGACAGUCACUCAGGGUAUGUAGGAGCAAAAUUGAAGAAAAAAAAAAAAAAAGCAAAUAACAUUCCACAUGCUGAGAGGGACGAAAAUGAAAACACGCCCAUUCAAAACGCACACUGGUUGGGGAAGGAAAAAAAAGGGGACUCCCCAGAAAAGAAGCUAACACAAGGUGAGACACAUGCAACGCAAAUGAAUCAGAUUGGAAGACACCGCAAAGGAGUUAGCGAGACGAAGUGCCUCUCACAAAAUGGUCAACAGAACGGACAGUUAAGUCCACCUUUCGAUGAAUCAAACUGUCACUAUAAAAGGGAAAAUUACAAUCUGGACGAACAUAUCAAUUUCGAAAAGAGGGAAAGUUCCAAUUUCUUCGAUGAUUUGCAGGACACACUCGACAGAGUCAUGGGGGAAGAAAAUUCCAAACCGUUCAACACUCAUCGGAGCGUAAGCCAAAGUGGGAUAAAGGCAAAAUGGGAGGAACUAAAAAGAGGUGAUUAUAAUCCAGAGGAAUACUCAAAUUUCACCAAUUCGUUAAACGGAAAGAGGGAGGAAAAUUACCUUUUCCCUUCAUGCAACGAAAAAGACAGUUUGAGAAAAUCAAAAUAUAUCGGUGAGCAUAUAUACGGAGACACGCCUCUUAAUUGGAACCCCUCCUCGAGCACCCCCCAAAAGGGGACAAUUCAGGCAGAGGCAUACACGACGCAAAAGGAAGAGUCCCCACGGAUGGUCAGCCCUGGCGAGAGAGGCAACGCCCUCAUCAGUGACGACCAUACGGUGAAUACGAAGUACAACGAAAAAAUAAACGACCAUUUUGACCACUCCCAUUUUAAUCACUCCCAUUUUAACCACUCCCAUUUUAGCGAUUUUUACCACUCGAACAGCUUUUCUCAAAGCUUCAAUUUUGCAGACCACGAUUGGGCCGUAAGAGGGAGCAGCAACUGCGAUAGUACCGUCCACAAUUUUGUCAACACAAAUAAGUUAGAUCAAAUUAUUGAGAAAAUAAAAAAAUGGAAUGAAUACAUUUCAAACGAUGUGAACUAUAUACAGUGCCUAUUCUGUGAUAAGUAUUUAUUCAAAUUGGAAAAUCGUCACGAUAGGGACGUUCUAAACUCGUCGAUAAACGAAUCCAUCAGGAGAGAAAAAUACACCUGUGCGAUUUGCAAACAUAAAAUAAAAACGCUAAGUAAAUACAACGAUGGGGUGAAAAGUGGGGAGCAGGUUGGCACACUAAAGGGGGAGUAUUUUGGAGGCAAGUUAAAGGAGGGUAAAAAAUAUAUCCCUCACACUGCAGCGGAUGCUGUAAACCUUUUAGACACGGAGAAAUUCGAAAAUGCACUUGACGUUACUGGCUCUGGGAGCAGUCAGUUUGCCACCCCCACCCGAACGGAUUCAUCGCUAAACAGUGAUGUUCUGAAAAAGGGUGCCUACCAAAGCGGAAGAAAAAGUCAAAGUGGAAAUGUCCUCGGCGAAAACUCCUCUUUUGCCGAAAGCUACUCUUCUGCUGCAAACUGCGGAAUUGAUGGCCUUCCCCAGUUUGCCAAGUGUGGCUCCGAAAAGCAAGCGCUUUCUUUUCACAACAGAAAUUUAAGUUAUCCCCGCGGUUUUGCCAUUUUUGAUGACACGAUUGGGAACGGUCCACCUGGCAGCAACAUAGAUUCGGGUCUGUUCCCUUUCGAGGAGGUCCACCGGAAAAGUAGCCGCGGCAGCGACAGCGACAGCAGCGAAGCUAUUGGCAGCAAAAGCCCUAGAAGCAGGGGCCAAAACGUAGUGCACACCUACGAGGUAGACAACGAAAUGACAACACAGGGACGGGGUAAAUUCGACCAGAUGGGCGCAACCGAAGGGCGCCAAUUUGAACACACACAUGAUCGGGGUGAUGAUGAGGGUGAUGAGGAGGAGGAUGCUAAUGAGGAUGAUGAUGAUGCAGACGCCGUCACGUUGAACAAGAUGAGCAGGGUGGCACAGAACGCGGCGGAGUUGCCAAUAAAAAGUGACAAAACGGAUGGUGAAAAUGUGGAGAAAACAAAAACAAACGAAAGAGGCACAACUAAAGGGUGCGAAAAGAAAAGGCAAACAUUAAAAAAAAGCUGUUCCGCGAGCGGGAACAAUAUAUAUUUGGGUGGCAGGUCGGAUGACAGGUUGGAAGCCGUGCACCACUCGGUCCAAAGAAUUUUUUCAAACCCGCAAAACAUCCAAUUAAGCAACAUGCGUGUCAGAAAUGGCCUCCCAACGGAAUUGCCAAACUGAAGAAACGAUUAGGGCAACAAACCUAGCAACGAAUUUUUAGACAAAAAAAAAUAACUCGCUCCAUUCCUUAUGGGUGCAAGGGAACGUAAAAGCGUAUCGGCAUCUAAAUGGCACAAACUGGUGCCCGAGAAAGUACCGUUUAAGAGAGAAUAAUUUAUUUAUCACCUUCAGUGAGAACGACUAUUCGCCGUUUGGUGAUCACGUCGAUGGAGCCAUGCGGGACGAGAUAAAAAGCGGCACAAUUUGGCAAAAAAAAAAAAGAGCCUUUGCCGGUGAGGUGAUUCACAAGUGAUGGAUGGCCAACCCUACUCAGACUAAUCUUCACAACUAUAUUUAAAUCGCCCGCAGGAGAUACAACCGAACGAAAGAAGCGCGCACUUUCGUUUAAAGAGCCCCACGUGAAGCAACAAUU